AGACCGACUCCAAUUCCAAAACAACACACACGACGCUGAAUUUCUACCGCACGAUGUUCAAAAAAUUCGAUGAGAAGGAAAGCGUCUCUGGUGUGCAGCAGUUGAAAUCCUCCGUCCAGAAGGGUAUCCGGGCGAAGCUGAUUGAGCAGUUUCCUACCAUCGAAAAUCACAUCGAUUUGGUGUUGCCGAAGAAAGAUGCGUUCCGGAUAGUUAAGUGCCACGAUCACAUCGAACUGUUAAUCAAUGGCGCCGGCGAGCAAGUGUUCUUUCGCCACCGCGACGGUCCAUGGAUGCCGACACUGAAGCUGUUCCAUCGGUUUCCAUUCUUUCUCCCAAUGGAGCAGGUCGACAAGGGUGCCAUCCGGUUUGUGUUGAGCGGGGCUAACAUAAUGUGCCCGGGACUGACGUCGCCGGGGGCGUGCAUGACCAAGGUGGACAAGGGAACGGUAGUGGCGAUCAUGGCCGAGGGCAAGCAGCACGCGUUGGCAAUUGGAAUGACUACACUGUCGACGGAUGAUAUUGCCAAAGUAAAUAAGGGCGUUGGUGUGGAAAAUUGCCAUUAUCUCAACGAUGGACUGUGGCAGAUGAAACCGAUUAAAUAAAGCG